CUUGCCAAAAUUACAAAAAUGUCAGACACAGAUAAGAAAAAGCUCAAGAUAAGCAAAGAUUCUCUUGGCUGUCUGAACUGCCUGUCGCGCCUACACGUCACAGAAAAUACUCAAUUAUUUUCUUAUUUUACUUUGGCGCUAACUAUAGCAACGCACGUCUUGGCAAGAAUUUCAGCUGUUCAGGGUGAAUGGCUUCAUUGAAAAGGAUUGCCAAGGGCCUCCCAUAAAACAUGGCAGUGUCUCCCACAGAGAUGUGGACAUGCCUCAAUGCUCUUCAUCGGCUCAUAUAACAAUACAACUUUGCCCCGACGUGAUGAAGGGAACGAAACAACAUUGACCAGAGAGGCUUCCAAUCAGUCUGCGUCACAGUGUGUAUGUUCAGUGUAAACGUCAUGAAGACCCCAUUUUGGACCCUUCUACUUUUAAGCCUGUGCAGCCUGGGUCACAGUGACUGUCAAGGGGACUGUUUAACCUGUGGACUACUCCUACCCGAACAGCAAGCUUUUAAUACACUGCUAUGUAUCCUGGAAUGUGAGUCACAGGCAUCCCCGGCAUUAACCUGGGAUUUGUGUUAUCAAGCGGUGGGUUUAAACCAGCUUCCUCUGGCAUUACAAGAAGAAACAUCAAAGCGCUCAGAUAAUGAAUUGCAGCCUGUGGCCACAGUAAGCAUAGAGAAUGACAAUGGUGUUGAAUUUACCGAAGCUUUGGAGCGGUUUCGACACGCCGCGCAAGCUCUCCGCAGCCAGCAGGCCUCAGAGGAGGUGGAGACCCCACAGAAACUUGCACUGUCGUAUGAUCCGGGGACAGAAGUGGAACAGGAUGGUCUAGAUGCGGACGAAGAGAAGAGCAACGAUGCAGGCUUGAAUUUAUCCAAGCGAUUCGGAGGCUUUAUAAAAGGUCGCCACGGCUUCAAAAAGUUGGUGAGCUCCGGGAGGCCUUUGCAGAAACGCUAUGGUGGUUUCAUAGGGAUAAGGAAAUCCGCCAGGAAGUGGAACAACCAGAAGCGUGUGAGUCAGUUAUUGAGGCAGUACCUGAGCUUGACGGGUCGUUCGGGUCGGUCCGGCUACAUCAGCAACAUCUCGGCAAGAAUCCGAAGACAGAAUGACAUGUAGAGGUGCUUAUGGUACAGGAUCUGGUCUUUCACUUACCUCAACUCACAACAAGCUGCUCAUCAGCCAUCAGUAACUUCAAUCACAACCAAGAACUAGAUUAAUCUGUGUUUAAUGACAAGAUAAAUAUUUUGUAGCAUUGUUUCUAUUGACAUCUUCAUGGUGCCGCUCCUGACAUCAAAAACACUCCUGCUGAAAAAAACAAUAAAAACCUUCACAGAAAUUGAAAUGGAUUUAAUGUUAUAAUGGUAAUUUUAAUUAAAACCGUAAUGGUCUCUGUGGGACUCUAUUGGUAUGGGUUGGGUUCUGUUCGUGGGAUGUUAUCUGGCAGAUGGGAACCAUGGGAACAACAUAAAGGAAUUUAUUAAGGUUUAAAUCUAAACAUGGUGAUGAUGGAAACCAUUACAUUUGUAUUUUUUUCAGCAGGGAGAUAAAAUGUUGAUGGUUGUUAGGACAAAUGUUGCUGAUGAUAUCAUUGUUCAUUUAUAGAUUAAUAAUCCUAAAUGAAAUUUUGUGCAUUGUUGAAAAAAAUAAAAAGCAAAGCAGUAAAAUUAGAAAUGAGAAUGUGAAUCAGUUACAUAUGAGAGCAGUGGGUUUAGUGGAGUCGGGGCGCAGUUUUAUUUUCUAUUUUGUGGAUUGAUUUAACUGAGAGAAAGCACUUUAUUUAUAUAUACAUUACACCUUGCACAUGGUAUUGUGCUAGAAUUGGUUGAUUUGCACAUGUUUUAAAACUAUGUUUUUCCUCCUAAAAAUCAAGAACUAAUUAUUUAACGUAGUUGCAAUAUGAAGAAUAGAUAUU